AUGGCGCCCGACGUCCUUCUCUCCUCUUUUGACCGAGAACUUCAACAACCUCGACAACAACACGAAUAUCCUUACCUUUGGAAAAUUCGUCCUGUUAUCGGUUUUGAAAAAUUUCUUUUUACAAAUGCACAGGAUGCUGAUGCUAAAGCCUGCCGUCGAAAGAAGAAACAACUCACACGUCAAGCUCUAGUUGACCCGGCACGUACAAUCAUACCUCGAGAUGCAAUGGGCAGACGUCAACAUUUUAGCAGUGCUGCUCAGAGUCGAAAGGUGAGCGCGCCACCAGCAGGAAAACAAGCGCCACUUGAUGCAGGUGAUUUUGAAACGACUGAGAGUACGAAGGAUCCUGCUACUACUGAUUAA